CAUCUGGAGAGGCUGUCAGAAAAAUCAUGUUAGCCGCCUCAUGACUGGGGAUGACGAAGAUAAACAAAGAAACUGGUCGAGCUGAAUACGCCUUCUUUAACAUACAACUAUUCGACAGUGCCUACUUCGGAGAUAUUGGUUGGAAGAGAGGAGAGGGUGGCGAUGGAAGAGACGAGGACGCGAAAGAAGCUUAUCGUUCCCUGAUGACUUUGACUUUGAGAAAGCCUGAUACGAAAGAAUAUCACGCAUUUGCUAGAGAUGUGAAACAGCGAGCUCUGGAUGAUUACAAUUUCGACUACGACAAAGCAAAUGAAUCCGUGAACAGUUUUGUUGGUGCUUUCCACGAUGCUGUUAUAUUGUAUGCUUUGGCACUCAAUGAGACCCUGGAAGAAGGCGGCACCCCACGUGAUGGCCAUACAAUCACACACAAAAUGUGGGGUAGAACUUUCAAAGGUAUCAGCGGCGAUGUGCGCAUAGACGAAAAUGGAGAUCGAGACGCGGAUUAUUCUUUACUGGAGAUGACGGACAUAGUCAAUGGAACAUUCUCAGUUAUUGCAAAUUAUUACGGGAUCAAAAAGGAGUAUGAAGAAGUUGCCGGAAUUAAAAUCGACUGGCCUGGUUCGGAGCGACCGAGCGAUGUACCUGUGUGCGGUUUUGAAGGGGAGCUGUGCGUUGAAAAGGAACCAUUGUCCAUGGCAGUCAUUCUUGCAAUCGCAUUUGCCAGCGUCAUAGCUGUAUUCGCUGUGGUAUCUUUUUUGCUAUACAGGAAAUACAGAUUGGAGGCAGAAUUGGCGGAUAUGACGUGGAAGAUACGAUGGGAAGAGAUUACUUUCAGCAGAGGUGGACGGAAGAAGGGCCUAGGGGGAAGUCAAACUAGUCUUAAUUCAAGGAUGAGUAAUCAUUCUCAGCAGUCCGUAUGGGACGCCAACCAACAAAUAUUCACCAUCACGGGAAUGUUUAGGAACAGUGUGGUUGCCAUCAAAAGAAUCAACAAAAGGAGGAUAGAGAUAACAAGAAAUAUUCAGAAGGAAUUCAAACACAUGAGGGAUAUACAACAUGACCACGUGACUCGUUUCAUAGGUGCCUGCAUAGACCCACCGAACAUCUGCGUCAUCACGGAGUACUGUCCUAAAGGCAGUCUGCAGGACAUUCUGGAAAAUGACUCCAUCAAACUGGACUGGAUGUUCCGAUACUCACUUGCCUACGACAUUGUUAAAGGCAUGCAUUACAUACACAGUAGCGUCAUCAAUUCCCAUGGCAACCUGAAAUCAACCAACUGUGUUGUUGACAGUAGGUUUGUGUUAAAAGUUACCGAUUUCGGAAUGAACCAGUUUAAACUUGGAGACGAAGACAAGGAUCUAGAAUUUGAAACUCACCAGUAUUACCAGCGAUUGCUGUGGACGGCACCGGAGUUACUCCGAAUGACGGAGGCGCCACUUGGUGGAACGCAGAAAGGAGAUGUUUAUAGUUUUGGAAUUAUAUUACAAGAAGUGGUUCAUCGAUGCGGUCCAUUCUACGUAUCUCACAUGGAUCUAUCACCAAAAGAAAUUGUACAGAAGGUCAGAGCAAGUAACAAACCGUAUUUCAGACCAAGUGUAGAUAAAGCCACGUGUCCGGAAGAACUUUAUCCAGUGAUGGAGAAAUGCUGGGCACAGGACCCGGCUGAGAGACCAGACUUCAGUUCCCUCAGAACAACGAUGAGGAAGCUAAAUAAUCGAAGUGCCACUGGCAACAUUCUGGACAAUUUACUACAACGUAUGGAACAAUAUGCAAAUAAUCUUGAAAGCUUAGUGGAGGAGAGAACCGAAGCUUUCUACGAAGAGAAGAGAAGAGCGGAAGAGUUAUUGUAUCAAGUCUUGCCAAAACCCGUUGCUGAUAAGCUGAAACGAGGCGAAGCCGUACAAGCGGAGGCAUUCGACAGCGUUACUAUAUUCUUCAGCGAUAUCGUUGGAUUUACAGCCCUUUCCGCUUCCAGUACUCCCAUGGAGGUCAUCGCUUUACUUAAUGACCUUUACACGUGUUUUGAUGCAAUUAUUGAUAAUUUCCACGUUUACAAGGUGGAAACCAUCGGCGAUGCGUACAUGGUGGUGUCAGGUCUACCCAUUCGUAACGGCGACUAUCACGCCAGAGAGAUCGGCAGAAUGGCACUAGCUUUACUCGUAGCUGUUACAACAUUCAAAAUAAGACACAAACCUGGCGAGAAGUUAAAAUUACGCAUAGGAGUACAUUCAGGUAUGGUAUGCGCUGGUGUUGUAGGUCUUAAGAUGCCCCGAUACUGUCUUUUUGGUGACACGGUGAACACAGCUUCCAGGAUGGAAUCGAACGGAUUACCGCUCAAAAUCCACGUCAGCAAAGAAACUAAUGCAAUCCUUGAAACGUUCGGAACAUUUCAGCUCAAAUGUCGAGGCGAAGUGGAAAUGAAGGGCAAGGGCAAGCAGCUGACAUAUUGGUUGGAGGGUGAGGAUCCGAUAGAACCUAAGGGGACGCACAAAUCUAACGGAUUCGGGCCACCUAACUCGGUCAAGGGUGGAAGGAACUUUGUUUAUGCGUAAUAGGCUUAUUGACGUCACAGACCUCAGUAGUAAGUCUGACGAUGAGACAUCUCGAGAACAAACCCCCAUCCUAUAGGAAUCUAAUAUUUACAUAUAAAUGGCUGAUCGAUUUUGAAAUUAUUAUCAAGAGCAACGUGAAACGUGGAAUGUAUACCAUUUCUGUUUUUGAUUUUCGGAGUGCAAAUCUGAUGGAAUUGUUGUGAUGCGAGAUGUGACGUGAUGACGAGGCCACCUUUGACUACGGACAACGAUAUACGGCCACAUUUCACUUGGUAUUGUCGCCGUGUCAUGAUAUUGCGGAACCUCUUGCGCACGUGGCUUAAAAGUGACCACGCGUUAUAAUUCAUUUCACUUUUACCCAUGCC